AUGUGGGCCACCGUCCUCCCCAAGCUCGGCGUCGACGCCGUCUCCGAUGAUACCAAACAAAUGAUCUGGCAGUGGCUCUUUUUCAGCGACGAAGACGUGCAAUUGUAUCUUGUCGAUGCCGAAGGUACCGUGCUCCACAUCAUGCCUCAAUAUGCUCAACAAUUGAGUGGCAUUGGCGGUAAUGUUUCUGCCACCGAUGCCGAGUCAUUAAUCCGGGUAUUGCCGACAGCCGAGACUCAAUGGCGUUACUUAACCGGUUUACGUCCCAGUAAGAAGAUCAGAGGCCACAUGGGCGAGAAACCCUACGAGUUAUUGAUGACUAUUGCCGCCCAUGGUCCCGAAGGUAUUUCGUCUCUGGACCUCUGUAAAGAGACGGGCCAAGAUCCUCGGUCACUUCCGGUACGGUUUAAAAAGCUCACCGAUAUGGGGCUCAUCAUUCGCCGUCGCUUUUACGAGCUGAAGUCUCGCCAACAGACUAACGUGUGUAUCCAUACCAAAUUUGUCCCCCAGAAGAUGGAAGAGACGAUGAAACUGGAAGACGCGUUGCGUGAACGCAAUAGUAAAAAGUUCAAAGAGCUUCUUAUUGAGAAGCUCCGCAUCGCCCCGAACAAAAUCAGAGGGUUCCGUGACCUUAAAUUGGAACUAGGCAUGACGGAACUGAUUGGCCUCCAGAAGUUUUUCGGGUCCAACGUCAACUACUUGACCCAGCGAGGGUAUAUCGAAAAGUGUGUUGUGGAAAUUGACUCGGGCGUGGAAGGCGACGACACUUCUCGUCAAUUAUACUGCUUGCGGUUAUUAAAAGAAUUGCCCAAAUCCGAUACCUACGAUAUUGACUUUGAGGAUGACGUAGUGGAAGAGGACGAAGAAGCGUUGGGUGUCGACGAACAGCUCUCGACUCCCCCCGUGCUUCCGCGGAUUAACCAUGUGUACCCGAUAUGCAGUCAAAUCUACCACCAGAUCGAGAAAAGCCACAGCACGGGGGUCCCCGCCAAGGAGGUGAUCCGUACCCUCAUGGGCCAGCUGCUGUUCCGUCCAUUAGCCCGGUUGUUGGACCUGUUUAGUGGCUAUGUCAUCGAUGAAAAGCAGGUGCUUUCGCCGCUUAAACCCCACCCAGACGACCCUUAUGACGACCACGCGGUGGUGAGAACCUACGAUUUUGAUGGGAAAUUUAAGUUCUACCGCUACUACACAAUGCCCCAGUACCCGGAUAAACCCAAGUCAGUGAAGCCGUAUAAGAAAGUAUCGGCAAAGAUCGCCAAUCAGGAACGACCAGUGAAGCUUAAGGGGCUGUUGGCCGAUAUCGAGAAGCGGCUUGCCGGUGGGUUAUCUAAAGCUCCCGGCGGCGAAUUUGUGGUGGCGAAACGGCGGGGUCGUCCUCCUAAGGACCCGCUGGCCCCACCUAAACCGUCACAAAAACGAGCGAAACUGGAACCGGGCGACCCCCCGAGAAAACGUGGUCGUCCUCGCAAACACCCCGUUGUUGAAGACCUGAUUAUCGACGUUAGUGACCCGGUAACUACCGCUCCCCUUGACGAAGCGUGGCAACAAGCCGAACAAGCAGCAGCGGCUGCGGUUGCUAUUAACAACGCCGAGGAAGAAGAGGACGUGCUCACCCCUCGUCGCCGCAAACGCACCAACCGCAUCGACACUCUGCUCCUCGUGAUGGACGAUGACGACGACGACUCUAAACAUGAAGAGUACGUCGACGGUAACGAUGAUGUCUUGGACGAUGACGACGAUAAAAUGGAUGUUGAUGACGAUGACGACGACGAUGAUGAUUUGAUUGAGGAAUCAUUUAAGGCCAAGCCAAAACCUAAAGUAAAGGCACCGCCAGCUAGGCUGUCAGCUAAGUCAUCAUCAACUAAGUCUCCAACAAAGACUCCGGCUAAGGAAGAGUCACCGGAUAUUGAGAUCAGAAAAGUCACUGGGUUUUUGCCUCAAGUGGAUGCCAAGUCACUCAAAGCGUUUAAGAAAUCGUCGGGUGAAACCUCACAGAUCAGAAAACACGCCCCCGCCAUGGCCGGCUCGCUUCGUGGGGUGAAACGGCAACAGGCGUUACUUGAUUUGAUCCGCGAACGCGGGGGGGCUGAGUACACCAGUGCCAAAUUGCGUCGGGACUUGGACGAAAGGCUUGAGCUGACGACGAUGAUUGAUAACAAGACGAUUGCCCGGGAUAUCUCGGUGCUUAUUACCAGUGGCAAGUUAACCGCUGAAGACAUUUUGGUGGGGCUGACGGGAGGUAGAAUCAAGCGUAAGCUUUUGGUUCUCGUCGACGGGCGGCCGCUGGAAGCAGUCCUUGAAGAAGUGAGAGAACGAGGGUCUCGUGCCUAUGGGCAUGGCAAACUUAAACAUAUGGAGCGGCAAGUGGUGAAACAGGAAGUGAAGUUGUUUACCAAUGAAGAGGCGUCAAGAGUGCACAUGCAACGCGAAAGACAGCGGGCACUCGUCGAGCAACGCCGCAUCACUAGCGAGAAGCGUGAAAGUCGUCUUGAAGCACUCAAAUCACGCAAAGGUGCUGCUGCCGCCGCCAAGGCUCGGGACCCUGCCAAUGCCUCCGGUUCUUCGGCUAAUUCUAAGGCUGGUCGGUCAUCGCUGGGUAAACCGAAGGUGCGUACGGAACGCGCGGCUCGCCGUCGCGUCAAUAUCCCCCGAGACGAAGCCAACGUGUUGUAUCGGGCGGUGGUGGCGUGCCGGUCGCUCUUACCGUGGGGGAUCGACUUUGAUGCUAUUGCCCAGGUGUUUGCUGGCCACUCCGUCAUCACCAACGCCGAGCUGGCGAAGCUGGUGUGGAACAAAGUGCGGGUCCAGUUUGGCGGGUUGAAAGCGGUGAUGAAGGGACAGGAAGAGUUUCAACGGAUCCUCCUCGACCGCAUCCAGGAAGGGGUAGUUACCACUGAGGAUUUGGAAUUGGGGGUGAAAAACUUACAGUUUUUCCUCGACGUGUGGAACGAUCUGAUCACGGGGGCCCAGGAAGCCGACGACGACGUGCUUGACGAGUCCAUGCCGUUAUUCGCCACCUUCGACGAGAACAGUAAGCUGUAUGCGCUCAUGCGUACUCCGGGGCAAAAUAAGGACGUGGUUGACUUAUUGGAGGAUACCCUGAGACCGCAAAAGGAACACUUUUUGGCCAGCCACCCCUUCGUGGUGACUAAAGCUCGUCCCAUCGUGCCUGACCCUGACGAAGCGGUGAGAACGGCGAUUAAGGCGAUCUAUACGGUACCCGAAGCCAACUACGACCAGUACGCGGCGAAGAAAGUGCUUAAUAACGUCAGUGAAGACCGUCUUAAACGGGUUACAGAAAAGAUGAUCGAAGAGAAAGAGUUGAUUUUCCACGAAGACCCUAACGCCAUCGUUAAAUUCCACUUAACCGAUAGAGUGAGGGCCCCCGUCCUGUUGAAGUAUAUGGACGCCGAGAUGCUUCGCGACGCCACCGACUUCGCCGAGGCCGCUCGCCUGGUGUUUGACGGCGAGAACGGCCUCUUGUUGUCGCAAGCAAUCAAAAACGGCCACAUGAUCGCGGCGCUUUCGUGGGCUCUGAAUCACGACGUCAGCCUCAUCCACGUCGACCAGGAGUACACCUUUUCCGGCUACGAGCUGCGUAGUAUCGAUAAGCUGAACUUGGAGUGUGACUUGGUGAUGUUGGCGAGAGACCCUCCCCAGACCGAUGCCGUGCGCUACGUCCCCGUACCCACGGGUCCGGUGGGGCUGCACAUUUGGCUUGACCUUCAGGGUAAUGUCAAGAGCAGCUUGUGGCGGCAGAUCGUCACUGCUGUUGUCUACUACGUGUGCUUCCGUCCCGGGGUGCUCCCGCCAGCGCUCUUCGCCAAGCUUCAGCCGUUAUUGGGGUACAAGGACUUCUUUGACGUGAUGCACUGGUUGGAACAAAGUCAAGUGGUGGAACAAGGAAAGUUCGGAGGGUACUGGUUGAAGCCAAUGUGGUACUCGCUCUUGGGGAGCCACCGGUCGUAG